GUAGUAAGCCAUUGUAUAAAAAUUUGGUCAACUUGUUCUCAAAGGCAACGUUCACGUUGCUUGUGUUCGUCUCGCAACCAUGGACGCACUUUUCGUUCUUUUGGCUAACGCGGUCGGUGCCUCUGUCGACCAGAUAAAGCUCAUUUCAUGUCUCCUAGUUGCAUAUCCUCUUGGAAGUGUAUUCAUACGCAUUCCAUCUUCUCGGCCCAAUUUAAAGCAUCUCUUUAAUAUAUGCAUCACGCUUUUCUACUUCUUCCCUGUUCUCAAUCUUUACUGGGGCUUUGCGCAGUUACUUGGGAGUGUUCUAGGAACUUAUAUAAUUGCAGCCAGUGUCCGUGGUCCUCGCAUGCCAUGGCUCGUAUUUGCCUUCGUCAUGGGACAUUUGACCAUAAACCACAUUAUACGCGCCAUCUACAACUUCAGUUACGAGACAGUCGAAAUAACUGGACCUCAGAUGGUUCUGACUAUGAAACUCACGACAUUUGCUUGGAACGUUUGGGAUGGCAGGCGAAAAGCAGAGGACUUAGACAAGUGGCAGUUGGAGAAACGAGUAGUCAGAUACCCUACUCUUCUCGAGUUCCUUGGUUAUGCUUUCUACUUCCCGGGUAUUCUCGUUGGACCCUAUCUAGAUUACGCAUCGUAUAUAUCUUUGAUCGACGAGACUCUGUUCACAUCUGCAGAGAGCAGCAGAGUCGGUGUAAUAACUCAGAAGCGUGCUGUGCCCAAUGGAAGGAAGCGCGUGGCGUACCGUAAGAUGGUGACUGGCCUCGCGUUUUUAGGUCUUUUCGUCGUCUUUGGCCCCUCUUUCAAUUACAGUGUGGCCAUCACGCCUUGGUUCGUCACCAAAGGAAUCUUCUAUCGAAUUGCUUACUUCCAGCUAUGUGGACUGGUCGAGCGUUCAAAGUAUUAUGCAGUUUGGACACUGACAGAGGGAGCCAGCAUCUUAACUGGGUUGGGCUUCACGGGAUAUAGCCGGACCGGAGAAUCGCUUUGGGAAGGGGCAGCCAACGUUAACAUCCCGUUGAUCGAGUUAGCGCCCAACUUCAAGGUCCUUCUGGACUCGUGGAACAUGAAAACGAACGUUUGGCUUAGAGAGUGUAUCUACAAACGUGUCACACCUAAAGGCAAGAAGCCCGGUUUCCGGAGCAGCAUGCUUACUUUUGCCACCAGUGCUUUCUGGCAUGGUAUUGCUAGUGGUUAUUAUCUUACGUUCAUCUUCGGUGGAUUCAUAACGACUGCAGGGCGUCUUUGCCGUGCGAACUUCCGUCCCCUCGUAUUGCCUCCUGCAGGCUCGCCAACGACUACUAUUAAGCGUAUAUAUGACAUCCUUGGCACGGUCGCAUCGAUCAUGGUUUUGAACUACGUAGCAGCUCCGUUCAUGUUGCUUACCUUCAGAGACUCGAUGGAAGCCUGGCGGCAACUCGGCUGGUAUGGUUUCUGGAUGGUCGGACUUACGCUUGUCUUCUUCUAUUCUGGUGGAUCGAAGAUCUGCAAGAACAUGCAGAAGGUUGAAGGAAAGAACGCUGGAAAUGGCAAGAACAGUCGACCACAAACACCUGGUCCCUAUGUUGUCCCUCCCAUGGACUCUGCGGUAGCUGAAGUUGAAAAAAGGUUAAAUUGAUGCGGUUUCCCUCCGGAAUAGUUUCACGAUACGUAACAUAGAUCACAUUUAUACCGCAGAUACGUAAUUGCUAUGCUACUCAUCAUGAUGUUCGAGCGAUGUGUUAGAGCAGGCUUGCUAAGUGUUGAGAGUUGCAAUGGAGGUUAUAGCUUGAGGUGUUGACAUU